GCUGGACGAGGCCGGGAAGCAAAUGGCGCUCAGAGCGGAGUGAAGGCGAGACGCGCGCACACACCGCACACACACACGCACCGGGGGACUCGCUGCCUCCCACACCCCCCACCCCCCGCCAUUGCCAUCGCCAUCGCCCGAGAGACGGGGAGAAAAAAAAAGAAAGAAGCAAAAUCACCGACGAGAGGGGCCCCCCCCAGGCCCCGGGGCAGUGACCACCAGCCGCGGGCAGCACAGGACUCGGGGCCCCGCGCCGCCUCGAGCUCAGGGUGAAGCAUGUGUGAGCUAGCAGCACAGGUCACCAGUAGUCUGCUGCAAUUUCCAGAGGUGACUCUACAGGCUCUAGUGGAUGAUGAGUCAAUGCAGGAUGAAGCGCUCCAAGGCAAAGUUGCCAUAGGGCGAAAUGGACUGGCUUGGCUGGCAUCUGGUGCGCAUUUGGAAUUAGUUAAUUCAGUCACAGGGGAGCGUUUGUCUGCCUAUCGGUUCCGUGGAAUUGGAGAACAACCUCCCACUAUUUUGGCGAUAAAGGAGUUUUGUUGGCUGAAAAGAACUGGACUGUUGAUAGGACUGAAAGAAUCAGAAGGUAGCAUCCUCUGUCUUUAUGACCUUGGAGUAUCCAGAGUGGUUAAAGCAGUCUUCCUUCCUGGAAAGGUGACAGCCAUUGAGCCAAUAAUUAACCAUGGAGGUGCCAGUGCCAGCACACAACGUUUGUAUCAGAGUCUACGGUGGUUCUUUGGCAUAGCCGCUGUUGUAACCGAUACAGGACAUGUUCUGCUCGUUGACCUGUGCUUGGAUUUCUCGUGCAGUCAGAGUGAGCAAGAGCCAGCAGACCUUGAAGUGGUUAACCGAUCCCCUGCAGAAAUCCCUCGAAUGAGAGAAAAUGUGGUGAGGGAAGGACGACACCUCUGCUUCCAGUUGCAAAGUCCAUCUGGGGUGGGAGCCACUGCUUUGAGUUACGUUGCAAGAACGAACCAGUUGGCAGUAGGCUUCUCUAAUGGUUAUGUUCAACUCUGGAAUCUGAAAACUUUGAAAAAGGAAUACUACUCUCAAUUGGAAGGAGGGAAAGUCCCCGUCUUUGCAUUCACCUUUCAAGAGCCUGAAAAUGAUCCUCGUAAUUGUUGUUAUCUUUGGGCUGUACAAUCUGCCCAGGACAGUGAAGGUGAUGUGGUUAGUCUGCACCUGCUUCAGUUGGCUUUUGGUGACCGGAAGAAUCUUACUUCAGGACAAAUCCUCUAUGAGGGUUUGGAGUAUUGUGAAGAGCGCUACACUCAGGAUCUUACUUUAGGAAUGUUUUCUUCAAGAACGAGAAAUACCAAUGCUCGACUGCUCGGUUGUCAGACUGUGGAAAAGUUUCGGAAUCAUGCUGACCGAGACGAAAGUAUGAAUGAAGCCACGUCGCCAGACACCAGUGUGUCAAUUUUUAGUUGGCAAGUGAAUACCUACGGGCAGCGUAAACCUUCAAGUUAUUUAGGCAUUUUUGAUAUCAAUCGGUGGUAUCAUGCACAAAUGCCUGACUCACUGAGAGCUGGAGAACAACUUCAUAACUGCCCUUACUUUGCAUUGUGGUCUCUUGAUGCUGUGGUGGGGAUGACCUUUCCCCAUUAUUUACUGGAUGUCCUAGUUCAUGAAAGAAAUCUUAGCCGUGGAGUUGCUCCCUCUUACCCACCUCCAGAACAAUUCUUUAAUCCUAGCACAUAUAAUUUUGAUGCAACUUGUUUGUUAAAUUCGGGACUUGUCCAUAUAACCUGUCCUGGCUUUCAAAAAGAGACUUUGAAUUACUUGAAGAAAACGGGCCCUUGUCUCAGUAAAGCUAUCCCUGAUGGUUACAGUCGGUGUCUGAUGGCUGGCUUACUUUCUCCAAGACUUGCAGAUGUACACCCUUCCAGUCUCACACAAGAAGAGCAACUAGAAGCUAUUUUAUCAGCAGCUGUGGAAUCUAGCUCCUUAGGAUUGAUAACUGGGUGCAUCAAACAGUGGACAGCGGAAGAACAACCUAGAUCAGCUGCCAGCCUGCGUUUUGUACUUGAAUGGACGUGGAAAAAGAUUACUCGUACCAAAGAGGAACUGGACAACAUCUGUGUUCCACUCUUUGAUGGAUCAUGCAACUUCAUUGACUCACACACACUCCAAUCCCUUCAGCACUGUCAGAUGUUACUGAGCAACCUCACCACCAUUGUUAACUGUUUCCUUACUGAGGCCCAGGAGUUGACUGAGAGAGGAUUGGUUGAUUUAAUGAACAAACGCACUGUAGGCAGUCUGAUUGCUCAGUAUGCCCAGGUUGUACUGUGGUUCUGUCGUGCAGGCCUACUCCCAGAGGGUUCAGAUGAUGUUGAUGUAUUGCAGUUAUCGAGGCCUGUCUACAAUUACCCUGUUAUACAAAAUUAUUAUACAAACCGGCGGCAAAAGCUAGAACGCUUAUCAAGAGGCAGAUGGUGUUCGGAUUGCCUGAUGAUUGAUGGGGUGGUGUCAGAAAUUGGGGAUCAUUUAGAGCAGUUAUGGAGACAGGAUGAAGGAGGAACAGGAAAAUAUCCACCAUCCACGCUUCACGCUCUUCUUGAUGUAUAUUUACUGGAAAAUGUUAAUGAAACAACAAAACACACCAUUGCUAUCUAUCUGAUAUUGGACAUUCUUUCCUCUGUUUCCAAUAAAAACGAGUCUUCAAUUGAAUCCUUCCCACCGGCUUUUGCUGUACCUGUGGGUUUGGUGAAUCUCAUUCAAGGCUUUUGGCUGUUGGAUCACAAUGACCAUGAAAAUGCUCUUGAUCGGAUUCUUCAUCCAGCCACAAGCAGGUCAAUUUCUUCAUGGCAGCACAUCCGCAUCAUACAAGCGUUGAUGUGCCAAGGGGAGCAUAGCAAAGCCCUCCGAUACCUGCAGGCAAUGAAACCUUCGAUGUCUAGUAUCAGCGAGCUUAAGCUUCACCUUACUGUACUGCUCUUCAACAGGUGCGUGGUAGAGGCUUGGAAUCUACUCCAACAGAAUGCCAGCAGAAUAAACCUGGAGGGGCUGCUCAUGCACAUGUAUGAGUUGUGUCAAGAGAUGGGACUAAUGGAGGACCUCUUUAAACUACCUUUCAAUACUACUGAGCAGGAAUGCUUAGAGAAGUUCUUGACCACCAGUGGUAGUCUGCAAAAUUAUGAAUUUCUUCUAGUUCAUCACCUUCAACGUGCCAAUUACGUACCUGCAAUACAGCUUAAUCAGUCACUGAAAAUGAACUUGAAUGAUCAUGAUCCUCAAGUUCGAGAGAGAACCGCUGCUAGGAAUUCCAUUCUGGAACAGUAUGGGAAAGUUCUUCCAAAAGUCCAGAGGAAGCUGGCAACCGAACGUGCAAAUCCUUAUCGUUCAGCAGUGUUCCGGGAAGUGAAACGGCCCAAACCAUUAUCUACCAUGGCUAAACGGACUACAUCGGGGAAUGUGCUUACUCGUGCUACAUUCAUCAACACUGUACUUUCCAAAGUCAAUGAGGUGUGGCAAGGGAAUGAGAAAGGAAAUCAUUCUCCCAUCAACAGUCCCGGGAAUAAUGGAGCACCUUCAGCAAACCGAUCUACAGAAUUAUGUGAUCCCUUUGUUGGCACACCAAUUAGCAAGUCCGUUGGAAAAUUUUCAAGGUUAUUGGAUUCUUUGGUGGAACUGAAGACCCAGUCACUUCUGACAACAGAGAGCACUCUGUUUACACAAAGUAAGGCUUCUCCUUCUUGGAUGACCACUAGCCCGCUUCAAUCAUACACCGUCAAUACUGGCUACCUUACAGCAAUAACCAAGGCAUCAGAGCUAAAGCUUUUGCAAACACCUCCUGUAGUAAAGAGGACAAGAGCUUUUACAACUUCAGAAUCUGCUUUUGCCAGUUUUACCCCUCAGUCCAUCUUGAGAUCCAGCCUCCGCCCUACGCCUUUGGGAUCACCAUCUGCGUCACCGAGCCGAUCUCUAACUCCUCCACUGCGUGCUAAAGAGACCAAAAUUUCUUUCUUGGAGGAGAAGUUAACUGUUCGAUGGACUAAUGGGGUUGCAGCUGCUGAUGAGAUAAAGCUUCUGUCUUCAGCAUCACAUAUUCCGCGAACUCCAUCUAUUGAAUCAUGGCCUUCAACUACAGACAACCAGCCCGCUUAUGACCAAAGUCCAGACAGAGACAUUGUAUCAGAACAAGUGGAGAUGUUUAAUAUUUCUAGUGCUGAUAAAGAAGAUGAGAAAAUUGAAAUCAGAAAAGAGCAUGUUGAUAGUUCUGCAAGAACAGAAGAGUGGUCUCUGGAGGAAUAUGAAGAUGCUGCCGAGGAUCUAGACCGGGGGGACGCUCCAGAAGAAUUGAUGCAAAUUGAAGAAAAGAUCUUGAGCGGUGCUCCAAUGGAGGUGGAGGGGCCCGCUGCGGAGGUGGAGGGGCCCGCUGCGGAGGUGGAGGGGCCCGCUGCGGAGGUGGAGGGGCCCGCUGCGGAGGUGGAGGGGCCCGCUGCGGAGGUGGAGGGGCCCGCUGCGGAGGUGGAGGGGCCCGCUGCGGAGGUGGAGGGGCCCGCUGCGGAGGUGGAGGGGCCCGCUGCGGAGGUGGAGGGGCCCGCUGCGGAGGUGGAGGGGCCCGCUGCGGAGGUGGAGGGGCCCGCUGCGGAGGUGGAGGGGCCCGCUGCGGAGGUGGAGGGGCCCGCUGCGGAGGUGGAGGGGCCCGCUGCGGAGGUGGAGGGGCCCGCUGCGGAGGUGGAGGGGCACUCUAGAGAUGAGCAACAAGUUGAGAUUUUUGAGAGGAUGAAAGAAAAGGAAAAUCUGUCUGAAGAUUGGGCCCCUGGUGAUGAAGGUGAAGCAAUGGACACUGUUGACAAUCUGUACACUUCAGAAGAAUUAAUCCUACCUACAGAAGAGAAGAGCUUCAGCUGUAGUCCUACUCAAUUGGAAGAGCAGGAUAGAGUUGAAGUUGAGGACUUCAAGAUUACGGAUAUUAUUACCUCAGCAUUGACUAGUUCAACUUCUUUUCACGAAACUGUGCUAUCAAGCCAUAACUUUGCUUAUACCAAUGAAAGUGAGGAUGUAUUUCUAGGAAUGGCUCAACAACCGCUGCCCAUAACACCACAGGAGAGUGAAGGAAUGUUGGAGAGUGAGGGCAUUUUGAAACCAGCCACAGCGGACAUUGAGCCUGUGGUGAUUGUAGAUGACUUUGAGGAUAUGCCCAGCACACAGCCAAAAGAUGAAGAAAAUGAGUCGAUGCUGUCCAAAGAUGAUGAUAGUGAUGUUGAAAUAAUGGAGGACAAUGCUGUGUGUUCACCGAAUGAGCCACUUGCUACUUUGCUUCCUGUAAACACUCAGCAGUUGCAGGAUGUUGAGGAUGGAUUUGAAACAGAAUCACCAAAGGAGGAGCUUUGUGUUGUAGAGCUGAGCCAGCCUGACCCAGUUGAAUUUGCUGGGGAGUGUGCUUUUGAAUUUGAAGAACAGCAUUCUAAUGGAGUAGAAGCUGUGCAAGAGCCUGAAGGUUACGACGUUGAUCUCAUUGGAGAACAUCACGUUGAGGAAAACUUCACUUUAAUCUUAGAUGGUGCGGAUGAGGCUGAGCCUGUGUUAACUUUAGAUGCAAAUCACCAGCCAGCUUUCUCAGAGAAUGAAAAUGUUAUUUUGUCUCAAUCUUCUGAAACUAAAACUGGAAAUCCUGACAGAGAGAAUUCAGAGGUUAGCAGUGCUGAAGCUGAAACUGAAGAGGAGCCACCAAUAAAGAGUAUUUCUCUGGUACUUGGUGACCAAGGUCCAUUGGAGGACCAGCAUAAUCUAUCUGAGGCAUUGCCUUACUUACCAACACCAAUCAAAGAAGCUACAACGGAAAACUUGAUUGAUGUCCUCGAAGAUACUAAACAAGUUGGUGAAUCGGAAAUGGAAGAACUGUCAGAACUGAUCUCUCUGCCUGAUCAGGCAGACACCCCGAUGACAGGCAGAAUACUGCGGAGUGGUUCGUUUAAGAGUAAGCCAGUAAAGAAAUCACAGACUGAUGAAGCUAGAGAGGUGUUCAGUGAGGACUUAAAACCUAACCAAAUAGAGGCUGUAGCUACACCCACAAGUGUAAGAGGACAAAGUAUCAAAGUUACUGAAGUCAAAGGUCAGGAUGAUGAGCAGAAUGUACUUAUGGAAAUGCAGGAUGAUAAACUGGAAAAGACAGCAGUUAUGACCCCUAGGAGAAGUACAAGGAAAACAGCGGCUGCUGCUGGCGAGAUUUUGGGAACUACUUUGUUUCCGAAGGAUGCAGUGGCAGAUCAGAACAUUGCAGUCAUCCUUCCUACUUCAAAGAUGACAAGGAGAACUAUUGCAAGCAGAAAAGAUAUCCAGGAAAGAACUUUUGCUGUUGGGGAAUUGGCACUCGAACAACAAGGGGAAGCUGUUUCAACUGUGAGAUCCACAAGGAGAACUAUGGCUGGUAGAGCAGAUGCCUUGCUUGGUCCUGAGGAAGUGGACAUUGGACAGCAAACUGAAGCUAUUUUUACUUCUACUAGAAAGAAAAAUAGGAAAUCUACAAUUGAGACACCAUGCAAAUUGCCUUCAACAUUAGAAAUGAGUCAACAGGACUCUGCAUUGUCUACUCCUAGCAGACGGACAAGAAGUAGAGCCCAUCUGGUGACUGUAAAAGAUAUUUCUGAAGUGACUCCAAAUGUAGAGAGAAACUCUAGGACAAGUAGAAGGCGAGGAGCCAGUGCUGUGGAAAGCACAGAACCACCAAUCCCUGUUGAUAAUGUGGACGAUCAACCAGAGGAACAACUUACAGUGACUUUUACUCACAUGCCCACGAGGAGGAGACCUGGUGAAACCCCUGUAUCACAGGCAAUCGGUUUAACAGAAAAGAAUUAUGGUUUCUCAUCACCUCACACAAGAUCGACUAGAAAGUUGAAAGCUGAGAAAACUCCAUUGAGUGAGACUCCUGAACAACAACCACCAGAGUUUGUAUUCGCAACUCCUUUAACUAGGUCCAGUCGAAGAAUUGGUAAAACAACUUUGAAGAGUGUGCAAGAACAGGACUUGCGUGACAUGGAGGAAAAUGUGCCCAAAGUAACUGACGUUCAACAAUUAGAAGAUAUAAAGAAUAAAAAGCCUGAGUCGAAGCCAGGGGCCAGAGGUAAAACAACCAGGUUACGAGUGAAGAAGAGCUCCAGAACUGCAGGAAAUACGGUUUCAUGGUCACCUCCACCAGUGGAAAUCAAAUUCCUUUCUCCUUUAGUAAGUCCUGUGGAUGCACCAGUCAAUAAAAGAGAAGCGUCAGAAGACGACUCUGGAUCUAUUAAACACAGGAUGACACUUCGACAUAAGAGGACAAAAGUGAUCUCAGCAUUUCGGAAACCAGUCACACGCAGAAAAAUAAUUCAACGCAAAUAAUGAGAGCUUUACUGUUUUAUCAAUUUAAUACUUGGAUACAGUUUUUAUAUAUAAGAGUUUACAGUAUACUGAACUGAGUGAAUUUCUGAUGUUCAUCUAAUUUUAGGAAAAUAAUUUAUAUAAAUUAUUUUAACAUUUCAUGAACAAAAGGUCUAAGGGGAACUGUAACUCCAUAUGGAGUAUUGUAACUGCUUUAUUGUUUAGGGAAAUGUUUCAUUUUGAUUUUGUAAUGGAUCUUCAUAUUAACGUAUAUAAAGAUGAUUAAAUGUAAAUAUUUUUAACAUUUUAGGGAAGUUAUAAAUAAAACGUACAUUUGGCAGUUUUUUUUUGCCUUUUGAGAUGGAAUUUGCUGCCUAUGGGGUAAAUGGUGCAGUGAAUGCAGUUGUAUAUCUCUGAAAUUUGAUUUUAGGGCUAAUGUGGAGACAUGAUAAGAUGGCCAAUUACCUGAGGCCCAAUUUUCAUUGGUAUUUAGCUAUCUUAAGUUGUCAUACCUUAUUUUGUUUUACUGAGAUGCACCAAUUUAAAGGAAAACUAAAGGCUGGUGUUAAUGUAAAAUACCUGUUAAAAAUGCAAUGGCAGAAUUUUCUGCCUAUUAGAUACCCUCAAGUCUAUUUUUUCUCCAAUUGCUACUGCAAUUUCAGGUCUUUGUACACAUUUUUCCAGUGGUAUGUGAAGUUAGCCCUAUAUGCCCUUAUUAAUUCAAUUUUGUUGGCUUCAGAACGAGCCAGAGAUGUAAAGCAGAAAAGGCAGUACCUAUUCGAUAUUGCUGUCUGCCAGAACUGAACCUUUCUGGCCUGGAGGUUGAUUCUGAUAUUCUGAUUUACAUGAGAACAAGAAAUGGAGGUAUUGCAGCUUGCACAUUGGGCAACCCUGCUUUGCAUGUCGCUGAGAUGUAAGCAAAGACCCAAAAUGGCAGAUUUACAUGGAAGAAGAAAUAGGCAUAAUCUUUGGAUAUAUAAAGCGUCAGCUUGGCUCAACUGGUAACUGACCUAGAGUACAAUCUACGUCUGGAGUGUUGUAUUGGGGGGCAUUGUAUUGUCUUUGCAUUGGAGAUCUUAAACUAGGUAGGCCAUACCUGCUUAUUCAUGUGGAUGUUAAGUAUCCCAUGACCCUAGUUGAAAAGAGUUUCUUCCGACAUCCUUGCCAGAAAUCCUCCAGAUAAAUUGAUUGUUCACUUUGCAGCUGCUUUUGCGACUGGCUGUGCUAAACUGGAUGCCUCGUGUCCUUUACAAUUAAUCACUACACUAAGCAAUUACUUAUGAAGCACUCUGAGACAUUUCGAAGUAAUAGAUGCUAUAUGAAAGAUGCAAGGAAUAUUGUAAUUAAAGUAUAGUAUUUCUUGUCUUCCUUUAAGUUGGCCUUUUCUUCUCCUUUAAGUCAGCCAAGUACUGAAAUGUAGUCCUGGUAUCUCAAUGAACUUUGUACGAUGCUAGUUUUUACUAUGUGAUGCUGUAUCACGUUAUUUACUUUUGUCACAAUAUUUGUAUCAUGUUUUCGGUUUUCAUCACGACGUGCUUGGCGUGCUGCUACAAAUCACACCCAACAAACCAACAGCUCAGUAAAUAUCGGUAAGUCAGGCAAAUUUUAAAAUAAAAAAGCUGAAUUUGUGCAA